UUAAGCUGUCUGCCGGUUUCUGGGCUGUUUAUUGGAUGUUUAUUUGCUGGCCCUAGUGUGCACCGGAGGUGCACUUCAAAGAAUCAUUGAUAGGAUCACAGAUUGCUGCAGAGCAUAGGUCCUGUUUCAGUUCCCCCGGACUUCUUUUUUGCCGAAAGUUCAGCUCUUCAUAAAUGCCUUCACCUGUUGUUACCUACCCUGCUGCGGGAAUGUUGCCGGAAGACAAGGAUAACCCAGAGGAGCAGUUUGUGCUUUAUUUUUCUUUGCUUUUCCCUUUCUUUUUUCUCUCAGCACUGCAGCUUUAACUUUGCUACAGUUGGAAUAAAAAGCGAUUGUAUGCAAGACUUCUGCGGUUUCUUGCCUUUCAAAAAUAUCCGAGGAAUAUUUCUUCUGUCACACUGGGUAACGGGGUUGUGUGGCAUAAAAAGCAACCGUAUAGGUUAGUGAACCCGAACUUGACCAGUUCAUCCAUACUGCAUCGAGUGAUGCCAUGAAGUGGAGUCAGAUGUCUCUCUUGGGUGCGGUACUUGGCUCAGCUUGCAUUUCUACUGGACACUUCAGUAAGGACAAUUAACUGAAUCCGGUAACCACAAGCCACAGAACCAAGUCUUCAGGCUGGCCACCUCCCACAGGAACCUGGAGCGUGAACCAGGGACUACCUUAUGGGUGGGAGAUGACGACAACCAGAGAUGGGAGAGAUUACUUCAUCAAUCACAUGACCCAGUCAGCCACGUUUGAAGACCCUCGAUUAGAGAGUUGCCAAAUCAUCCCUCCAGCCCCCCGGAAAGUGGAAAUGAGGAGGGAUCCAGUGUUGGGUUUUGGUUUUGUGGCUGGAAGCGAAAAGCCUGUGGUUGUGCGUUCAGUGACACCAGGAGGCCCCUCUGAAGGAAAACUUAUCCCAGGAGAUCAGAUCAUAAUGAUUAAUGAUGAGCCAGUCAGCACUGCUCCAAGGGAGAGAGUCAUCGACCUUGUCAGAAGCUGCAAAGAAUCGAUCCUCCUCACUGUCGUUCAACCCUAUCCUUCUCCAAAAUCAGCAUUUAUAAGCGCUGCGAAAAAGGCAAGAUUGAAGUCCAACCCUGUCAAAGUGCGCUUCUCAGAAGAGGUCAUUAUUAAUGGCCAAAUCUCAGAAACAGUUAAAGACAAUUCUCUACUUUUCAUGCCAAAUGUUCUGAAGGUUUAUCUUGAAAAUGGGCAAACCAAAUCUUUCCGUUUUGACUGCAGUACUUCAAUAAAGGAUGUCAUCUUAACACUUCAAGAAAAGCUGUCCAUCAAAUGCAUAGAGCACUUUUCCCUGAUGCUGGAACAGAGGAUGGAAGGACCUGGAACCCGGCUUCUCUUGCUGCAUGAACAGGAGACUCUAACUCAGGUGACCCAGAAACCAAGCUCUCAUAAGAUGAGAUGUCUUUUCCGAAUUAGCUUUGUCCCAAAGGAUCCUAUCGACCUGUUAAGGAGAGAUCCAGUGGCUUUUGAAUAUCUUUAUGUGCAGAGUUGUAACGAUGUGGUUCAGGAGCGAUUUGGGCCGGAGUUGAAAUACGACAUAGCCCUCCGCCUGGCAGCACUGCAAAUGUACAUUGCCACGGUGACCACCAAGCAAACUCAGAAAAUCUCUCUCAAAUACAUCGAAAAAGAAUGGGGACUAGAGACUUUUCUCCCAUCUGCCGUGCUGCAAAGCAUGAAAGAAAAGAAUAUAAAGAAAGCACUUUCGCACCUUGUCAAAGCAAAUCAAAACCUCGUUCCACCGGGUAAAAAGCUGUCUGCUUUGCAAGCCAAGGUACAUUAUCUCAAAUUCCUCAGUGACCUUCGAUUAUAUGGGGGGCGUGUGUUCAAAGCAACGUUGGUGCAGGCAGAAAAGCGAUCAGAAGUGACUCUGUUAGUGGGCCCCCGGUAUGGUAUAAGCCACGUGAUAAACACAAAAACGAACCUGGUGGCCCUGUUAGCCGAUUUCAGUCACGUAAACCGAAUUGAGAUGUUUACAGAGGAAGAAAACACCGUGCGAGUCGAGCUCCAUGUGUUGGAUGUUAAACCUAUUACUCUGCUAAUGGAAUCAUCAGAUGCCAUGAAUCUUGCCUGCUUAACAGCUGGAUACUACAGGCUACUAGUUGAUUCAAGACGUUCCAUAUUUAACAUGGCCAACAAGAAAAAUGCUGGAAACAGAGAAAUAGGGUCCGAAAAUAAAGAGAAGCAUAACCUCCAUGCCCCUGAUUGGAACUGGGCUCCCAAAAUGACUACCUUCUCUGCCGAGGGAGAUAAAGAAACCCAAAUAACAUUCAUAGACACUACCCAGAAGAGCCCAGAUACUGCAGAUGGCACCCUGACCCCCAAAGACCACAGGCACAUGUUCUUGGAAAAUCCACAUGGGCUUGAUGGUCAGUUGAGCGACCAGGAUGAUCCCACCUGUGGAGCCGAAAACCGAGGUAUAACUCAGCAGACGUUUCUGUCCCUCUCGGGGCUGGACACGAACCAAACAGCACAGGAUUCUCCCAGAGCAGCAAAGGUCUCCUUCAUUUUUGGAGAACUCGCCUUAGACAGUAUUAAUCCACAACACCUUGGUUAUGAAAGAUUACUGGAUGAAAGUCCAGAAGGGUUGGAGAAACAGAGACUGCUCUAUCUAAGCCAUGCCAAUGACAUGAAAGAUCUCGACAUGUCUCCCGAUGCUGAGAGCAUUCAGUUUGAGGCUAAUUCGGUGUAUGCCAACAUCAGUGAUGGGAAAAACUUCGGCGCUGCCGAAGGAAUAGAAGAGCCCCUACUGCACGAUAUCUGUUACGCGGAAAACGCGGAUGAGGCCGAGGAUGAAGAUGAAGUCAGCUGCGAGGAAGAUCUCGUGGUAGGAGAAAUGCACCAGCCCACCAUUCUCAAUCUCUCAGGGUCAAGUGACGACAUCAUUGACCUGACAUCCCUGCCCCCUCCCGAAGGCGAUGAUAAUGAAGAUGACUUCUUGUUGCACUCCUUAAACAUGGCCAUUGCUGCUCCCCCGCCUGGCUUCAGAGACAGCUCGGAUGAGGAAGACUCUCAGCACCAAGCAGCCCAGCGUCGAGAAGACCAAGAGCCUGCCAGCAGCCUGCAAAACAGUGACAUCCCGGUGUCACUCAUCGAUGCUGUCCCGACAAACCCGGAAGGGAAUUGUGAAAAGGAGCUGGACGAUGCUGUAGUCUCUACCCUGCAGGCACUGGAGGCUCUGGCUGCAUCAGAGGAGCAUCAGGCCAAUGACAAUUCAGGUGUAGCUAUCUUACGAGCUUAUAGCCCCGAGUCCUCUUCCGAUUCGGGCAAUGAAACAAACUCUUCUGAAAUGACUGAAAGUUCAGAGCUGGCCUCGGCCCAGAAACAGUCGGAAAAUACCACACGCUUGUUCUUGGCGACGAGCGAAGGGUACCACCCCCUCGUGGAGGAGCAGACGGAGUUCCCCAUCUCUAAAAACCACGCUGGGGGGCUGCCCCUGAGGGGCUCUCAGGCCCCGGCUCGUUGUCCAGGCGCAGAGCUGCAGUCCAAAGUUGUGCCUUCGAAGCAGAUCCUUCACUCGGAUAACAUGGAGAUGGAGCCAGAAACCAUGGAGACCAAAUCGGUCACAGACUAUUUUAGCAAAUUGCACAUGGGAUCCGUGGUGUACUCUUGCACUAGCAAAAGGAAAAGCAAGCCAGCCGACGGGGAUGGGAAAACAGGCUCCGACGGGCGCGUGGUGGGGAAAAAACAGCACGGAGCUAAAAAAACCGAGGGGGAAGAGGAAGCCAAAGGUCAAUUCGGGGCUCUGUCGGCAAGAGAGAGCCAGCGGCGCCUGGGCGCUUUUAAUCUGGAGAGAACUGCUUUUCGCAAGGACAGCCAGAGGUGGUACACACCUGCCGAGGGUGGAGCUGGGGACAUGUCGGGUCCAGAGACCGGCUCCGGAAAGGCCAUGCCCAGAAUUCCGGGACUUGGGGCACUGGAAGCUGAGUGUAAGGAUGGAGGGGAGCCUGAUGGAGACACCCACGGGGCCUCUGGCCUCGGACAGGGCGACGGCUUCCUGCCUGACGUCACUUGCGUGUCUUCGGCCAAAGACCCGUCCCAUCCGGAGGGUGCCGCUUCAGCGGCUGACGACCGCCCUCCCGACCUUCCUGAUGGCGAGCAGGGCGUUACCCGGCUCUGCGAGUACCACUUGGCCAAGCGCAUGUCUUCCCUCCAGAGCGAGGGCCAUUUUUCUCUGCAGAGCUCCCAGUGCUCUUCAGUGGACGCAGGCUGCAGCACCGGAAGCAGCGGCAGUGCAUGCGCCACCCCAGUGGAGUCCCCUCUGUGCCCCUCGGAUGCAAAGCGCAUCAUCUCCGAGGCGAAGGGCACGACCUACAUUCCCGCGGAUGAGAGAGCGGCCGGGGCGGCGUUUAAGGAGCUGCACCAGCAGGCCGACGCCAUGUGCCACCGGGUCACGGUGCCCGUGGUGCACGCGGCCAUGGGCGCCGAGCCCCUGUUUGGCACUUUGAGAGACGGAUGUCAUCGGAUCCCCAAGAUUAAGGAAACCACAGCUUUCACAGAGCCUGGGAAAGAAAGACGAGGAGGCAUGCCUUCGGCUUUUUCUCAACAUCCAAAAGCUGACUCCAUUAUGCUGUCAUCCAACAUUCACUCCGAAUCCAAGGUGCCAAGUCAAAACCACGACUCUAAAGAUUUUCCCACAGCGAAGCAGGCUUGUGGAGCAGCGGUGAGCAUCCAGCCACGCGACGUGAGGGGAGGAAGCUUCCGAAUGCCGCCCAGCAGAAGCGUACUGAGGCGCAGCAGCAGCGUCAUUACAGGAUCUCCGGGCUUUGAAAUGUUCCUUGAGCGACGGAAGCGGAUGAUGGCUCACUCGAAGGGCCCGGACAUCCCGGAAGCAGACGGAUCCAAGUCAGAAAAAAGGGCCGAGCUCCCGCUGGGCCAAAAGUUGACCAAAAGUCACUCACAGAGUUCUCUGAACUUGAGCUUGGAAGGUAAAGAUAACAGCAAGGCCUCAGUCGGGUGGGCCCAGAAGGUCCUGAAGCCGUACAGGACGCUGCCCCCUCGGAGGCCGGAGGCCGGAGGUUGGGGAUGCCGCGGCCCGUUCAGCUACUGUUUCCUGAGCAGACGGAGGGAGGUGGACGAGGACGAUGAGGAGGACGAGGACGUCGGCAGAGAUGGCCGCCGGCUCACCUGCCUCUACCGACCGCAGAUAUCGAGCAAGGCGUCGGGAUCCGCCCGUCCGUCCUCGUCCCCGGAGGUGGAGAUGACCAUCGUCGUGUCCACCGGGGAGAUCUCUUACCGUGGCCCCGGUGGGGGCAGCGGGCCGGGAGACCCCGGGGAGUGGGCCAACCGGGACCUUGGCUGUCUGGCUUUCGACGCCCGGAUCGCGAGGAUCAACGUGCUGAAGGCGAACACGUACGCGAUGCCCGACGGGUUCCUCGCCGCCCAGAACGACGCCAACGAACUCCUGUGCCUGGUCCGCGGCAGCGUCGGGGAGGGAGGAGAGGCGCGUCCCGAAGCCUACGACAUCCUUGACCUGUCCCAGUACAAACAGCUGUUAUCCGUGGAAUCGAGGCAGUUGGGAAGUGCCUGCAGGCAGCUGGCCGUGGCUGAGAAGAGCCCCGAGGAAAUGCUUUUAGCUAUGACUUCUAGCUUUCAAGUCCUCUGCUGCUUAACAGAAGCCUGCAUGCGAUUAGUUAAAGUCGUGAACUCGAAAACACAGCAGCAGGAAAUUGUAGCCAAGAUCAAGGAGGUGGUCGUAAACUACAUCUGCCUUCUGAAAGCUGCCCAGGCAGCAAUAGGCCAGAACAACAGUGACCCUAGCGUUAAACUCUUAGCUCCACAUUCAACCACCUUGGCUGCUAUUGUAAGCACACUAACACGGUCUCUUAAGAUGCUUUUAAAUAAAUAAAGUCUGAAAGUCACGUCAUAACCUACCUUUGCAAAGCCAUACCUAAACGUUUAUUUACUGUAUGUGUAGGAUGAACAAAUGUAACAAACCCCACUCUCUGUAUAUUGUUAUUUUAUAUAAAAUGAGAACAAGGAUUUAAAAAAAAGUUGCGUUACCCGACAAUGGACUGAGUUGAUCAGAUGAAUUCUGUUUUUAUAUAUAUGUACACAUAUAUAUAAGAAGUAUACCAGAAGGUCAUGACGGUCGGCUAUUUUUCAUAUAGUCUAAUCUACAGUUAUAUUUGGUGACCUUUUAAAUACCGCAGUCAAAGAAAUCAUACAUCCUGCCUCUCCUCCCUCCAAGUUUAUACUUGGAGGCCCAUCCCAUUCGGUGUAGAAAUAAGAAAAUGAAAUCAUAAUGUACAUAAAACAGUAUUUAAUGUUUUAAAAUUAUAAUUUUUAAGCAUUGGAAAGAGCAAAAAGAUGUUUAAAAUCCAAGAGGCUAUUAUAAAUUACU